AUGAAAGAAAAGGAAGAAGAAAAAGCACGAAGACACUACAGCAUUGAUGAUGUGGGACGAUAUGCACCACCGAAUAUCCCUCGUCUGUGGGAUGAAUAUCUAAUCUUCCUGAUAAAGGACUCCUGGAAACCUCAGUAUGUGGAGUGCCUUAGUAAUAUUGACAUAUCGAGAGCAAGCAAAUCGACGUUUCUGACGAUGAAGGACUACGACCCUUGGGAUAUCAAGCAUCCAUCUCACAAGAGGGAUCGGCCAGGAGAAUCCUGA